CACUUCUCCUGACGACAUUUUCACUUUGUGCUUUUCUUGUUUACAAUGAGUUGUUGAUAAACCCUUCUUUGUAGAUUUUUUUCCCCUAGCUUUCUACCGGAAAAACGGAAAAGCAAAAUUCUCUUCCGGAAUGGCCACUUAUGUUUCCCAGUAUUCCACGACUGGAUUCUACCGAGCUCCGGUAUCAAAAGGACUGAUGGGAGCAUUGUUCGUCACCUGCACGGCCAUCCAUGUCCCACUUCUGUCUCAUCUGCGAGUAUACCUCAUAUGUCAACUGCCAAACACUUUCACGUCUGGCGAGGUGUGGAGGUUGUUUACGUCACAAGCAGCCUUUCUCGAAACAAAAGAUUUAAUUUGUGCUGCAUUACUUAUAUACUACUUCAGAGUGUUUGAAAGAAGACUAGGUUCCAAGAAAUUUGCAUCCCACCUAUUUGCUACUAGUCUGAUUUCACUUGCUCUGCAGGUACCACUUAUUUUGCUCAUCAGAUCCACAGGAUGGAGCUCGUAUCACCAUGGCCAUCUUCCUCCUGGCCCGUAUGGAUUGAUCUUUCCGCUAUUUGUUCCAUACCUGUGUGAUAUUCCGAGAAUGACUCGCACGCAUAUCCUCGGGAUACCCAUUACAGGAAAAACGCUAACAUAUUUAGUAGGUCUACAAGUGUGCAGUACCUCUUUCCCGACGGCUGUUGCAGCAUUUUGUAGCAUUGCUGCUGGGCUGCUGUAUAGGUGGAAUGUUUUGAAAAUCCAAGACUGGCUAGUAAUACCAGAUUGGUUAGCCCGAUUGACAAAUCUGACCCUUGGACGGCUAUUAUCCUCUUCGCCACCUGCAGACGGUCCAAUGGGUGCCACAUUGGAAAUUCAACGCCAGGAACAGAUGGAAAGGCUCGAGCAUCAAAUGCUACUCCAACGAUCUCGAGACGGACCACCUCGGCAGAACACGGGGCAAGGGUAUGCCGAGCGUCUUGUCGGUCCCGAAAUGCAGUGGGGUGAGCAAGGUGCCAACGGACACCCACGGCGACGGCGAGCCAACGAUUUUCCCAAUCUUUUCAAUCCGAAUGAAGCUCGACCAAACAAUCGGGUACCACCAUCCGAGGAGAACGUGACCUUUUUGACGAGUAUGGGCUUUAGCCGUGACCGUGUCAUGCGGGCCCUGCAAACGACAGGAAAUAAUGUCGAAGCAGCCGCAAACUUGCUCGUGAAUGAUGUAUAAAAUCAUACCCAAUUGAACGUUAAUGGUAAAACAGACACACACCCAUCCCUUAGACAGUCUACAAACCCCGCCCUUAAUCAUUAUUAUUCUUGUCCAUUUAAUCGGUUACCUUUAUCCCAAAUUGAGGAUCGUUUCAAUCUUUAUAAAGAACUUUUUUGUUGUUGUUCCUGUUUGUGUGUGUGUGUGUGCGUGUGUGCGUCGUCAAUUUUUGAGUUGUGACUGCUGUAUACAGGGUGGAAAGAAAUGAAAAACAUGAAAUAAAAAGAUUUUUUCUUUUUGUUCAAAA